CCCCUAUGAAGGGGGCCGCCCCACGCGCAUUGCGGAAGUGUGGGUAGGCGCAAGAGACACUUGGGCUCGCACCGGAAGCGGGCACUGAGGACGAUGGCGGGUCUGGCAGUCCGGGACCCUGCGGUAGAUCGAUCACUGCGCUCCGUGUUCGUGGGCAACAUUCCAUAUGAAGCUACAGAAGAACAGUUAAAGGAUAUCUUCUCUGAAGUUGGACCAGUUGUCAGUUUUAGGUUGGUAUAUGAUCGAGAGACAGGGAAACCAAAGGGUUAUGGCUUCUGUGAAUAUCAGGACCAAGAAACAGCCCUCAGUGCUAUGAGGAACCUGAAUGGCCGUGAGUUCAGUGGGAGAGCUCUUCGAGUAGACAACGCUGCUAGUGAGAAGAACAAGGAGGAACUAAAGAGCCUUGGCACCGGUGCCCCCAUCAUUGAAUCUCCCUAUGGAGACCCCGUCAGCCCUGAAGAUGCUCCGGAAUCCAUUAGCAGAGCAGUUGCCAGUCUGCCACCAGAACAAAUGUUUGAACUGAUGAAGCAAAUGAAGCUUUGUGUCCAGAAUAGUCCCCAAGAAGCACGGAACAUGCUGCUCCAAAACCCCCAGCUAGCCUAUGCUUUGCUACAGGCCCAAGUAGUGAUGAGAAUCGUGGAUCCAGAGAUUGCACUGAAAAUUUUGCAUCGUCAAGCAAGUAUCCCGUCUUUGAUUCAAGGUAACCCGCAGCCUGGCCAAGGGCCUAGUGCGCCAAUGAACCAGCCGAAUACUUCAGCCUCUCAACCACAGCCCUUGGGUGGGAUGCAUGUGAAUGGAGCCCCUCCUCUGAUGCAGCCACCUCUGCCAGGUGGCGUUCCCGCACAAGGGGCAAUGUCCACUGCAGGACCUGGCCCUGGCCCGUUGGCUCCUGGAGGUGGAAUGCAGUCCAAGGUUGGAAUGCCAGGUGGUGGGCCAGUAUCCUUAGACCGGGGGCAAGGGACCCUACAGCACUCGCCCGUGGCACCCGCCGGGCCUGCACCAAUUGAGCGAGUUCAAGGUACCCACGUGCCAAUGCCAGACCCCAGAGCCCCUAUGCAACGUGGACCUAUGCCUGCUGGUGGCCCACCUCCCCGAGGUCUUUUAGGGGAUGCUCCAAAUGACCCACGUGGAGGGACCUUGCUCUCAGUCACUGGAGAAGUAGAACCCAGAGGUUACCUGGGGCCACCCCAUCAGGGUCCUCCCAUGCAUCAUGUCCCUGGCCAUGACAGUCGUGGCCCUCCCCACGAAAUGAGGGGAGGGCCAUUGGGAGAGCCUCGACCAUUAAUGGGAGAGCCCAGAGGAUCCAUGCUGGAUCAGAGGGGUCCACCCAUGGAUGGCAGAGGUGGAAGAGAUCCCCGAGGGAUGGAUGCCAGAGCCAUGGAGGCCAGAGCCAUGGAGGCCAGGGGGAUGGAGGCCCGAAGCUUAGAAUCAAGGGCCAUGGAGGCUAGGGGCAUGGAUGCAAGAGGAAUGGAAGCACGAGGUCCUGGCCCCAGAGGUCCAAUGCCUGGGGGCCUCCAGGGACCUGGGCCAAUCAACAUGGGAUCAGGGGGCCCGCAGGGUCCCAGGCAGGUCCCAGGCAUGCAGGGAUCUGGUCUGCAAGGUGGAGGUCAGCCUGGGGGAUUCAGUCCUGGACAGAACCAAGUUACUCCACAGGAUCAUGAAAAGGCUGCUUUGAUCAUGCAAGUGCUCCAACUGACCGCAGACCAAAUUGCUAUGCUGCCUCCUGAGCAACGGCAGAGUAUCCUGAUUUUAAAGGAACAGAUCCAAAAAUCUACUGGCGCCCCUUAAAUGGUUUACAGAAUGCUCGAGAGAAAUCCUACAUGCCUAAUUUCAUAAUAUGGAGAAGGAUCCAGGAUCAAAAGUUUCUGUAUCCCAACACUUGAAUGACCUGAAAUAAAUGGUGGGCAGAAUAUAUCUGACGCCUCCACCGGGAGUAAAAUCUACUUAUCCUCAUUGUCGGGUUUUGG